UAUAUUAUACAGUGUUAGACGUCUUUUGUAUACAGCUGACAUGAGCGAACAAAAUUCAGUUGUGACUCUAAUGGGGUUGGGGGGCAGGGGGCCCCGGGAGGAAUUCAGUGUAGAACCGCCACUGUUGUUUGCAUUAAACAGACCGUCUCUUCGACCCACAGACUGUGUUUCCCAAACAACAAGCACACGUUCCGCUGUUGGGUGGGUGGGUCGUUUGGGCUGCAUUCUCAGCCGAACCGAACCGAACCGGGCUGCAGCGCUACAUGUUGCGCAGCGGCAGGAGAACCUGUUGCGCGUUCCCCUCAUGCUCUCGCGCGCCGCCCUGCUGCGCGCUGGGGGGGCUCGGAGGGUCUGAGCUUUUUUCCCCAACACCUGCUUCGAGCUGAACCCGCAGCGGACACGUCCCGGCUCGGUUCGGCCCGGCUCCAGGCGCGGUGCGUGUGGAGGCAGGCGCAGCAUCUCCCGGAAUCACACAGGUGUGUCCCAUCAGGAGUCGGCUCUGAGGAUCUCCUCUGUAUGAACCCUGGAGGGGGGGAGGGGGCAGACGUCCUGACAGCGGGAUCCGGCCCCGCAGAGCAGAAUCUCUCCCGCAUGAAGCCGAAGAACUGCGGGUCCUCCACAGGGGGAGCAUGAACGGUUUGGACGGUUUCCUUCAGUUCCCCCCCCGCAGAACCGGAGCGGGUGACAGGAGGAGGGGGGAGAGCGACUUCCCCCGCGGGACAGGUGUGUCUGAGCACGCGGGACGGCCCUUCCCUCCCCAUCCACAGCUGUGGGGGGAACCGUUUUUUGGCCGUUUUCCUUUUCCUCUUUUUGCAGGUUUCUGUUCCACCACAGACGGAGAAUCCCGGCACGUGCGUGGACGCCGCGUGACUGACUGCACAGCCCCGCACACUCAUGCGGAUGUGAAGACACCCGCCGGUCCGAACCUUUAGCAGACGUUUGUGCCGCUCGCGGUGUCAUGCCAUCGAACACAGCCGCCGGGGGGGCGGACGCCAUUUCCCCCGGGACCUGCCGCCGCGGCGCGGGGGCUCCGGUGGGGGCUCCGGCGGGGUCGGUCGCCGACUUCCAGGACUGGUGUUUGCGGACUUACGGGGAUUCGGGGAAGACCAAGACCGUGACCCGGCGGAAGUACAACCGGAUCCUGCAGACCCUGCUCCAUGGCACCGACAGCCGCGGCGGAGCGGCCGCGCAGGACAAGGAUGGAGGAAACGGCAACGCCAAGUUCAAGUUCUGGGUCAAAUCCAAAGGCUUCCAGGUGGGCGCGCAGGACUGGAUCGGGACCGGGACCGGGACCGGGGACAGAGCCGUGCUGUUCGUCCCCAUCAAAGCGGCGUGCAUGGAGGGUGCAUCAAACAGCGACUCCUCUCUGAAGCGGGUGGCGGUUGUUGAGGACUUCUUCGACAUCAUUUAUUCCAUGCAUGUGGAGAUCGGGACUGAGCCAGGGAAGACGCCAAAGCACGCCGGCCAGAAAAAGACCUACAAAGCUAUCGCAGAGAUGUACGCUUUCCUGCCCAGAGAGGCGGUGACUCGUUUCCUCAUGACCUGUGGAGAGUGUCAGAAACGGAUGCAUUUGGCUGCUGCGGGACAGGACUGCAAAGAAAACGACAUUCCAAACUCCUUGGCGUCAGAGGAGGUAGACUACAACCUCCCCCUCACAACCACUUACAUGAAGAUGAAGCAGCAGCUGAUGUACAACCAAAAGGAUGACAGCUCAGUGAGCAGUGAGGCAGAGGCAGAGAUGAGCGAGCCCGCGUGGCUAGCAGCAGACUUGGGGAGAGUGACGGAGCUGAGCCCAACACGCCGCGAAGACAGGAUGCGCCACAGCCCGCACAACAAGGAGGAGGACGAUGAUUCAUCGUCAGAGAGUGGCAGCGGAAAUGGCCUGCCCGCCCUGACCCCUCCCUCCUCUGCUCUGAUGGAUAGCGCCAUCGUCAGGGAAACAGAAGUCGUCAAUGGCAACAGUAGCUCUGCACCGCUUGACUUCAGCAGGCCUACCUCUUCCUCAUCGACAGAGGAACAACAGCCGGUGAACCUGAGCGAGCCGCCCUCCAAGCGCCUUCCCCUGUCCACGCCGCACCUGCCCAUCACAGUGUCCGCCGCGGCCGCCGCGCUGCUCGGUGCGCUGCACCCCAGUGCGCCGGAGGAGCUCCGCAGAAAGUACCCACUUACUGCCAAAAACCCCAUGACGCCACACACAGCCCUGCCUCUGCCACGCACACACACUCCAAACGCACACGGCCAGCCCCACACUCAAAACGCAGAGCUGCGACUGGACAGGGACGGCAGGGACUUCGGGAACAAGUCCCCACCGUACAGCUAUGACAGCAUGAAGAUCGACGCCAGCGCAGAGGACCUGAGCACGCCGCGCCACAUCAGCCAGGCGGCUCCCGACGACGACGAUGACGACCACGACGACCACGACGACAAUGACAAGAUAAACGACACGGAGGGCGUCGACCCCGAGAGAUUAAAGGCUUUCAAUAUGUUUGUGCGCCUUUUUGUGGACGAGAACUUGGACCGGAUGGUACCGAUCUCCAAACAACCCAAGGAGAAGAUCCAGGCCAUCAUAGAGUCCUGCAGCAGGCAGUUUCCAGAAUUCCAGGAGCGAGCCCGCAAGCGCAUCCGCACCUACCUCAAAUCCUGCCGACGCAUGAAGAAGAACGGCAUGGAGACCCGACCCACUCCGCCACACCUCACCUCAGCCAUGGCUGAGAACAUCCUGGCUGCUGCCUGUGAGAGCGAAUCCCGGAACGCCGCAAAGAGGAUGCGCCUCGAAGCCUACCAGGAUGAGCCGAUCUCUCUGGACAAGUCGUCCAGCAGCGGUGCCGCGGUGCGAGAGCCAGCAACCCUCGCCCAUUCUGCCUUCUCCCUGGCUGCAUCCACCUUCUCCUCCCCGGAAACGCAACUCUACAUCAACGGGGCCGGCCUCAGCUAUGGUUACCGUGGAUACCUGGGCCCCGCUAUUCAGCACCCAGUGUCUUUGACAACUGCCACUGCUACUCAGGGCAACGGUCCCACAGACCUCAGCAUGAAGUCCCUCUCCUCCGCCAACAUCAGUAACUCCCCUUCCUCCACCACCAACAGUCUGGGUGGGCGUGGCAGCGGAGGGGGUGGAGCUUCGACCCAGCUCAGCCAGCCAGAGAUCACAGCCGUGAGGCAGCUGAUCGCAGGAUACCGGGAGUCUGCCGCCUUCCUGCUUCGCUCUGCUGAUGAGCUGGAGAACCUCAUCCUGCAGCAGAACUGACGCGGAAUGGCCCCGCCCCCUUUAACACACCUACGCAGACUCACACAGCCUUCUCGCUUUAGGAAAAGAUCAAAGCUUUCAGGAGCCGCUCCUCUCAAACCUCGAUGCAGCUGACAGAGAGGAGGAUGAGGAGGAUGAGGAGUGCAGCAGAGUGUGGAAGAGGAGACUGAGCGUCUGGAGACUGACAGGUGUCCGAAUGGUCAUCACAGAUUAGGAACUGACACGGGAACUCUCUCAACCACUUCUUUAAAGAAGAAAAGACACUUUAUUUUGAAUUUUUCGUUCUUUUCUGACUUCUGGCCACGACCAAGAGAAGUAGGCGGGCCUUUGGAAAGAUGGCACUUAGUACGGACUUUGAUUUAAAGGAAGCGAAAGACGUUUGAUUUAGCAAAAGGAGAGAAACCAUUUUGUGCUUGCCUGUACAUAAGCUCUUUGUGUCUUUCAGCACCUUCCCCUCACCUGAAGGCUCACCUGGAACCUCCUGAUCCUCACUCCUUUCACCCAAAGAGCAACUCGCUACUUAUGCAUCCAAAACGCCAUGGUGACCGCCAGGAAUUACCUCAAAUCCGACCUGCCAACCCCGUCUGUGCUCGUCCCAGCAUUCCCUCCAAAAGCCAGUUUACCUUUGUGUGAUGUCAUCGCGGCCUGCAGACCUGGUGGGGGGUCCGGCUGGGACGCUGAUGUGGAGACUGUCAGCUGCUCUGUUUGUGCGGUUUGUGCUGCUGUAAAUAUCCAGUCCAUCUUGAAAACUUGAAGAAUCAGAGCAGAAGGUGGUGCGAGUGUUUGGGGGAGAAAAUGUGUGCGAGUGUGUGUGAGUGUGUGUGUGUGUGUGUGUGGGAAUGGAGGGCUGUUUUUCAAGUGUCUGGGAGUUUUUCUUCCCAUCUCUUCUUUUUACAAAGGUGGGUGUUGGUCCAGCAGGACCUUGGCGUCUGGGUUUGGGUUGGACCUUCUCCCCUCAGAUCUUUUGUGUGGACCUAAUCUCCGUCCCUCGUCUUUCUGUGUUUGUUGGUUAAAUUUGAACGGCCAUUAUUUAUAUUGUUCCUGUACUUAUAGCUAUGAUGAAUCUAAUGAACUUUCAUGUUGCUGCUACUAUUGAAAAAGCGGACCUUCUGCCAUAGACCGGAAACCUCAACAAAGCUGGUUGUUUCUUGCAGCACGCUGUAUUACCAGACUACAGUGGCCCCCCCGGCUCCCCCAGUGUGGGCUAAGUGAGCGCGCUCUGUGGCCUCUGCAGCAGCUCGAGUCUCUGUCUUGCUCCAUGGAGCUCUGUUUCUGUUCUCAGUGCAUCUCAGCAUCGCCUUUGUCCUUUUUUUGGAAUUUUUCCGAUGCUUUCAUCUUUGGGAUAGUCCAUGGAGGGGGGGGUGCACUCUUGGUGUAACGCUCCGCUCCAUCUUGUCAGGACCAGAAGGCUCCAGUGUUUGGUUUCUAAAGUUUUCCUCCAAGGACUCAGACUUUCUUUAGACUUGAGUGUUUUGCGUUUUUUUCACUUAUUUUUAGUUCUUUAGCAUCCUGUUAGCAGGACUUUGAGUUCAUUUUCUUUCCACAACAAGUCUUUCAUCUGGGCUUCUUCAGUAAAAUCCGGAUGAAUGUUUUUGGAGUUUGUGUGGCGUAAAUGCAUCGUUCUCUGAUGUUUCUCUUGUUGAUCCUGACCACAGGCGUCGACUCAAAGGAAAGUCUGAGCCCUUGGAGCGUGAGCGUCAGACAUGAAGGGCGUCUUCUGCUGCAGCUCCACAGUGACGUCCUUCCGUGUGAAUCUUAUCUCGCAGACGCGUUCAGCUCUGCUGCUGUCUCUCUGAGUCGCUUCUUUAUGCUGAGUCAGCGGCCUGCGUCUGUGAGCUGACCUGGACUCUCGCGCCUCUGUGUGUUUUAGAAGAGCUGAGCGGGUUUUGGCAGAGAGUCUACAUCGACCGGCCAGUGGACUCUGUUUGCUGCACACGCGACACUGGGGAGGCCCCACAUGCCUUUUGCUGUCCGUCCCUCAUGGAGCGGCUGCAGACUCCUGCCGGCUCUUACCCGUUUGAUCUGUCAAAGUUUCGGUUCUUGUUUGUUCGGCUGCAGAUGAAUCCCUUUCCUCCGAGCUCAUGAACUGUGCUGUAGCGUGAACCAACCCCCACCAACCACGCAAGCAGAGCUUUGGGUCUUUACAGCUUUUGAAGCCAUAGAAACCUGUCAGGAGCUGAAUGAAACCUUGGGACCGUUUCCACUUCUGGAGCCGACACAGUUGAGCUCCAGCAGCCGCAGAGCUGCACACCACAAAGAGACACGGCAGAGCAACCCAACAGGGCAAACAACAGCAAAAGACAAUCUGUAGUGGGGUGAAAGGUCAGAUGCAGCACGCGUCUGUCAUAAUCACAGCUCCUCUACCUGCAUUAGCAACUCCUUCACUAGCCUGACUAACUGCCCACACACUUCUGCUCAUUUGCAUCAACUUCCUUUUGAUGGGGACUACAAUAAUUUGAUUUUGAACUUCAUGAGCCAACGGUGUCAUCACUGGAGUCCACGUGUUCACAUUCCUGACCGCCCAUCUUCCAGCAGCUGUUCUUGGACCUGACUCUGACAGCGGAACAGUGAGAUCAGAGGUGGGGUUUCUUCACAGGCUCAGAGGUCAGGGUGACAAACAAACGGUGUGAAGAAACUCUCAGGAAACCUCUUUUCCAGAUGAGCCAGUAGAGGUCUGAGGAGGAAAAUGGUUUCAAAAACCUGCAGGACUGUGAAGUUCUGCAGAAUCUGCAGUCUUGGACUUCAGAGCAAGAAAAGUGUCUAUAAAUGGUGAAUUGUUCCUUCAAUCCCACCUUUUCUUGUGACCUCAGGUGAGAAGCUCCUUCUUAUUGAUAAUCCUGACCUUUUUUCCUGUCUUAAGCUGUGUGGAUCAGCUUGGUGCCGGUCAGGUUCUUCUUCUUUUGGUCUGCCGAGCUGAGGUUCUGUCAGUUUGGCCGGUUUAUUUACAGUUCUGAGAGUGAGACUUGACUGGACUUGGUUCUGGAGUUCUGUGCUUUCAUCAGGAUCCGACUCGCUGGAAAUGUGAUGUUUACAUGUACAGAUUUUUGCAUUUCCACUGGUUUCUUUUCCGCUCCACCCGUGUUCUCGCGUCACCUGCCUCCUCCUGGGGAUCUGAAGGGCCCGGAACUGCGCUCCCCCAUGUGGUUUCCGCGCUAACACCUGUCUGUGCAGGUGGGGGUUUCUUUGACUGCACUGCCUCAGCUGCAGUUGAGGUUUUUAUACAACCGGCUGGCAGCCAUCAAUCAGUUUGCUGCAGCGAAGAUGUUUCCUCAGCAAAGGGACUGUCGCCCAGCUGAGGUUGGGGUCAGUAGGGCAUUCCUGUCCCCAGACAGUCUGUAGGGGGGAGGGCAGCGGGUCUAUGUGACCCAGUGGGAGCUAACCCGGGAUUUCGGAACCACUGCACAGCCCGGUAAAUGACAGUGGGGCGCAGGCCCUCCACCAGUGGAGAGGAGUCCUCAGUGAAUGAUAAGCCAUUGCGGAGCCUGCAGGCUCUCCGUCUGUUAGUAUAUUUAGCAAACAUUAAAGCGCAGAUGACAAAUGUUUAGCUCAGGAAAAAGGGACGCCACUUUUGUAAAAUCAGAUCCAAGUAAAGUUCCCCGUUCCCCCUCUUUGAAACCGCGUUCUUUGUUUUUCUAUUUAUUGAUUCAUUCAGAUCUUUACUGUGAAUAUUUUUUUAUCGUCUAGUUCUGUGCGUCCUCCUUUAGGAAAACGUUAAUAUAUGCCAGAAGACUGAGGAAAAAGCUUUGUUUUUUUUGUUUUGUUAGUUGAGCGUUUGUGUUUGCUUCGUCCAGCCGUGACUCCGCUCUGUGACAAGAAACUCAAAGACGCAGCGGCGCAGCUUAGUUUUGUAUGAUCUCACCGCAGAAGCCAUCGUGUGUCUGGGCUUAACAGUGAAACAGAAAUUGUGAAUAUUUAUGUUUGUUCUCAUUUUUUGUCCCCCCCCCCCCCCCCCCAGCUGUACAUCACAAAGCUAAAUAUACUAAUAAAACUGUGUGCUAUCUAUCAA